AUGUCUGCCUCAUCCCGUAUUCCUCCUAUCGCCCAGCCCUUCGUUAGCGAACGGGCUAAGAAGACCCUCGACCUGGUCGAGGAAUUUGUCGAAAAAGACUGUAUCCCCGGCGAUGCCGUCUUCUCCGCCGAGCUGGGCGAAGGCGAGAAGCGAUGGCAAACCACCCCCGUCAUCAUGGAGCAGCUGAAGGAGAAGGCCAAGAAGCUCGGCCUGUGGAACAUGUUCCUGUCCAAGACCCAUUUCAAGCAAGGUGCUGGCUUCUCGAACCUCGAGUACGGCUUGAUGGCCGAGAUCCUUGGUAAGAGCAAGAUUGCUUCUGAGGCCACCAACAAUGCCGCCCCGGAUACUGGUAAUAUGGAGGUGCUGGCCAAGUACGGCAACGAUGCCCAGAAGCAGCAAUGGCUGGCUCCCCUGCUGGAGGGCAAGAUCCGUUCUGCUUUCCUGAUGACCGAGCCCGAUGUUGCGUCCAGUGAUGCCACCAACAUUGAAUUGGACAUCCGCCGCGAGGGUAAUGAGUAUGUCCUCAAUGGAUCCAAAUGGUGGUCCUCUGGCGCCGGUGACCCCCGAUGCCAGAUUUACCUGGUCAUGGGCAAGACCGACCCCAACAACAGCGACACCUACAAGCAGCAAUCCGUCGUACUGGUGCCCGCCGGCACCCGCGGCGUGACUAUAAACCGCAUGCUGCACGUCUACGGCUACGACGAUGCCCCGCACGGUCACGGCCACAUCACUUUUGAGAACGUCCGCGUUCCCCUCUCCGCCAUGGUCCUCGGCGAGGGCCGUGGUUUCGAGAUCAUCCAGGGCCGGUUGGGUCCCGGCCGCAUCCACCACGCCAUGCGCACCAUCGGUGCCGCCGAGAAGGCUCUCGAGUGGAUGAUCAACCGUAUCAACGACGAUAGGAAGCAGACCUUCGGCAAGCCCCUCGCCUCCCACGGUGUUAUCCUGGAAUGGGUUGCCAAGUCGCGGAUCGAGGUUGAUUCCGCUCGCUUGAUUGUUCUUAAUGCCGCUAUCAAGAUCGAUCAGGGUGAUGCUAAGGCUGCCUUGAAGGAGAUUGCCCAGGCUAAGGUUCUGGUCCCCCAGACCGCGCUGACUAUCAUUGAUCGUGCUGUUCAGGCCUACGGUGCUGCUGGUGUUUGCCAGGAUACCCCUCUUGCGUACCUCUGGGCUGGUAUCCGUACAUUGCGGAUCGCUGAUGGUCCCGAUGAGGUUCACUUGCAGCAACUUGGCCGCAGGGAAAACCGCUCGCGCAAGGACGCUAUUGCUGCUAAGUUGAAGUGGCAGCGUGAGGAGUCGGAUCGUCUGCUACUGGCUGCUGGUUUUAAGGCUAAGAGCCACCUGUAA